AUGGCGAGAGGGGCGGCGCCGCUCUACCCCAAAGAGAUCAGCCUCAUGAGCGGCGUCGACGGCCCUGCUGCAAGUCCUGGGAGAUUCGAUUCCGCAUUGGAGAAGGCCGCCUGCGCGCCUAGCGAGGUCCCCGGCGAUGCCGCGCAGCUCGGCGAGGCCUUCCGCCCCGCCCCGCCGGCGCCGCCCGCCCCCGCGGAGGCCCUCGCGGGGGCGGGCCGGCACGGCGCGGGCGGGGCGCUGCUGAGCACGUCUGGCGGCCCGGGAGGCCAGCCGGGGCCGCCGCGCGUGUACCAGCCGCGGCUGCCGAUGGAGAUGCACCCUGCGCACAUUCAGGUCCCCCCCUACGCUGGCGCGGGGUGCCGGCCGGAGCACUACGCUCCCAGCGCGCAACGGCCGCGGCCGCGGGAGACGUCCGACUCCUUCCAGAUGGCGCGGCAGGUCGCGGCGCUCAGCUCGCGGGCCGAGGCGGUGCCCGGCGGCUUGUUCCGCCGAGGCGCACCACACGCCGGAGCAGCAGGGCCCCUGUGA